UUGGUUCGACAAAGUUAGGGAAGCUCCUCGUAUUUGUGUGUUAUUUUUCAAGAAUUUAAAUAUAAAAACACAACUUUAUUAACGUUUGACACGAAUAUUAAACUAUUGUUAAGUGUUAUUGUUUUUGUUUAAUAAUGAUAAGUGAUGAAAGUGGCGUGAAGCAUUUUGAUCGCAAAUUUGUGGCAUCAAAUUUGCAAUCUUUGCUGCGCUGCCCGAAAUGCAAAAAUGACUUUACCUCUACUGCCGGCAAAACACAUGAAGUCCGUCAUCGUCCAUUUUUGUUGCCUUGUGGUCACAGUUUGUGUGAGGAUUGCAUCUUGAAGAAUCGCAAGAAUUUGAAUUGCGCUAUAUGCUCUAGCCCGGCGCCUUCAACAAUCAAUGCGAAGGAUUCAAAUUCAAAAUAUGGCGUCUAUGUUCGUGACUUUUACGAGCUAAACUAUCAUGCCUUGGGCGAGGUUACUAGCUUGUUCUAUUUUCGACGCUUUACCCAGGAUUCAGUGAACAAGUCGAUGAUAAUUACCGCCGACGAUGACAUUAUUAUGGAAUCAAAAUGCAGCGAAUGUGGCCACAAUGUUAGCAAUUUGGGUGACUGUGCUCAGUGUAAUGCCUGCUAUUGUAAACGCUGCUUCGACACGGUCCAUCGUCAUAGUCGCGUUCUUCAGGCUCAUCAGUUCCAAAUGCAGCAGCAGCAGAAUGUCAGGAAAUCGAAUACUACUAAACCCAUUCGUGUGGCUAAUGAGAUCUUUGAGAUGCCAUACAAAAAAGUUUGCCCGACUCAUAAUGCACCGCAAAAUAUUUACUGCGGCACAUGCAAACGCACCAGUUGCGAACAAUGUAUCAACGUACAUCAUGCUAAGCAUAAGGGAGUGUGGCCUCUACACAAAUUGAAUAUGCGUUAUAUUGAUCAAAUUCCAACUAGCAUGGGCCUAAUCGAAUCUGCCAUGUCCAAUAUUCAAAAUUCUCAACUGGUGGUGAAGAAUACCAAAAAGAAACUGGGCGACUAUGCCAUAGAAACAUUGACCAAGAUAUCUAAACACUUUGGCCAUCUGCAUGGCCUAUUGCAAAUGGCUGAACUGCAGGUCAUUGAAAAGUUACGCGAGUCCAGUCUGUCGCCUCAGAUAAAGCUAAAUGAAGCCAUGAACAAUCUAAAUGGCUAUGAAACAGUCCUCAAGACUCUGAGCGAAUCGUUUGAAAGUGAGAGCAACGUUGGAGUGCCAAGAGAUGUUUGGCUCAAAGAGCUCUUGGGCUUAACUGCACGACAUUUGGAAAAAAUACCAGCUAAUAUUCAAGUCACCAAAUUGGAUAAGAAUCCCUAUAUCUUUGACAUUGCCGCCAGCAGUGGCCAAACUAUGACUACAAUGUUGGACAAAAAUUUUCGUUGCAUUUUCAUUGAUCCGCAAAUGACAGUACGCUAUCAAAGUGUCUAUGAAAUGAAUAGCCCGAUUUCGAGCAUUGCUAAGGAACAUCCGCAUGAUUCCUCUUUCUUUAAAUUCUCGAACAGUGACAAGGAAAAUGACAAACAAAGUCAGCACAAACAAUUGAAGAAAAAAUCAUUUAGACAAAAGUCAAAGAGUCAGCCCAAUUACCAGGCUUCAUCGCAACCAGGUCAAAGUCCUGAUCCAUGUCCAUCGACUGUCCAGUUAAAACCAAACCAUAACAAGAAAACAAAACAUCGUGUCUCCUCCAAGAAGGAUGUUGUUAAACGAAACAACAUCAGCAUCUCUAACACUUCCAGCUCAACUGAAGGGGGUCGGCUGCCGAAUAUUAAUAAUAUGCGCAUCGAAAUUGAGAGUAUGCGUACCACUUUCACAGACAUCGAUAUAAGUAACAAGAGCAAUAAUAAUAACAAUAAUAAAGAUUGGUGGUUUACGACGGAUAUUAUGGUAAAAGUUCGUGCCAUUAAGUCGCCCGAAGAUUUCUUUCUCCAGGGCAUACAUGCUGCCCAGCGUAUAGAACGUGAGAUUGGGGCAUUUUGCCAGACAUCUGAUUGUCAUCAGGCCAAGAAGAUUGUUGUGGGCCAAUAUUAUAUAACCUAUCACAGUGAGGUGAAUCGUUAUCAUCGUGCGAUGGUUAAAGAGAAAUUGCAAGAGCAAGAUUUUUAUCAAGUCAUACUGCCCGAUAUCGGAAUGCAGUAUCCAAUUCAUGCUAAAAAUUUUCGAGAGCUGCCUAGAAAAUUGACCAUGAUACCCUUUGCGGCCGUGAAAUGUAGACUAAAGCAUAUAAUGCCACGCAAUGGUGGCUCUGAAUGGGAUGCCGAGGCUAUUAAGUUCUUCAAACAGCUCAUUCAAAACAAUUCUGUGCACGUGACCAUGGUACAUCCCACAGACCGCAACAAUGUAUAUGCGGUAGAUCUCAUGGUUACCAACUACAAUACAAACAUCUCAGUUCGGGAAUCUUUUUUAUAUACUGGCAUGGCGUGCGCUCGUUACGGUAAGGCGUACGCCGCCGAUCCCGUGAAACCCAAACAAUUGGUUGCUCUUAGUGGCCAACGUUUACCGAUGUAUCAGGCCGUGUUUGGUGAUGCCUUUAUGGCGCAGAUUCUCCAUCUGGAUUCGCCCCAUGAGUUUUAUGUGAUGCGUCACGAUAUGGAGUCGAAACGUUCUGAGCUGCAAACGACAUUGCAAAAUACGAUGGAUCGUUUACAUUUGGGUCAGUUGGAGAAUAUUUAUUUGGGUCGCUUGCAUUUGGCAUGUGUCCUGCAAACGGAGAACCAAUGGCAUCGGGCACGCAUUGAGCAAAUGUUGCCCGAGGGAUUUGUGGUAGUUCGUCUUGUAGAUAUUGGCACCAUGCAGAAAGUCUCCUGGGAUCAUUUGUUUAUCUUGCCAUCAAAGUUUUGGCACACCGAGAUGGCCAUCAAAUGUUGCUUGACUGAUGUGGAGACUCUGGCGGAGCAUGGAUAUCUCUGGACAUCGGAUGCAAUUAAAUCAUUUACUCAAUUGACUUCGAAUCCCAAGCUCCAUAUGGAGGUUAUCGGUAUGCGUGAAGAUAUGGUUUAUGUCGCAUUGAAUGUCAUGCGUCCCAGUGGUGAGAUGAUGAGUGUGGGCGCCCAGAUGGUUAAGCAGAAUCAUUGCAAGUCCACUGGAGAUACUAGUCGACAACCGGGCACAUCAACAGCUUCACGUCGCACACAUCUGGAUGACGACACGCGUAAGUUUAUAAGGAAACAAACUAAGAAGAACUCAAAUCUAUCGCUGGCAGGAGAUGAUAUUUAUUCUCAAGUGAAUCGGAAUCGAAAUGAACGUGUACCCAUCGAAAUGUUGUACGUCAAGCAACCAGAUGAAUUCUACGUGACUCUACCACAAUUUAUCCCCGCUAUUGCGGGCCUGAAGAAAUUGGUACAGGAAGUUGCCGCCAAAAUGCAGGAGAAUUGUUUGCCGCGUUGCGAAUGGAGCGUUGGCGAUAUGUGCUAUGUACACUUUAAGGCCCACUGUGAUGACCAGAUGAUGUGGCAUCGUGGGAUAGUUGUAAAGGUCGUAUUCUCGGACAGUGAUUCACCAAAAUAUCGCAUUCGUUUGCGUGACUUGGGCCAGUUGGCCUCAGAUAUCCCAGCCAGUCAAAUGACACCCAUUGAUGAUGCUCACAAGCUGAUUUCGGAUAGCGCACUACGUUGCCAUCUGUAUGGCAUACUUCCCAGAGGUGGUCGUUGGACAUCUCAGGGCGUUGAUUUCUUUAGGGAUCAGCUGCAAGCUUACCGUGGAUUGGAAGUCUCUGGUUAUGGGCGCUACGAAAAUUCUCUGGCUGUCGUCCUUUGGGGUACACAUACUGAAAUACCAGGCCCUUUCACUCCAGAACGUGUCAAAUAUGCGAAUCUUAACGAUGCACUUGUUUUAUCAGCCUUAGCUUUCAAGGAUGAGAACAAAAGUAGUGUUCGGUCCGUCAUUGUCUCAAAUGACGAAGCUGAAUCUUCGUGCUCAGUAGCUCUACAAUCGUGCCAGGAAAACUCGGAUGGUGGCAUGCAGUUGUCUAAAUUGGUUGCCAGUAAGGAUUCAGUGAAUCAGUCGAUGAUCUCGUUAUCGGCGACUCAACAUAAUGACGAAAUGCCGCCAUUGUCACUUCUCAAAGACUUGAAUAUGUCUUCACCUACCACAGGCGAGACAUCGGCUCCCCUCGCCUGGACAACGCCACGCGAGUGCAAGAAAAACAUCUUCACGGCACUGCCCACCUACGUCAAUUACGGAUGUCAGGCAUUUUUAACUUUGGCCAAUGAUAAACCAUUCAUUGAGCAAAUGCGUAAUCAACUUGAAAAGCACUUCAAGCCAAUGAUGAGCCGUCUGGGCGGCGUACAUCACUAUGUGGUUGGUCAACCCGUAUUGGUCACCUAUCAUUUGGAUAAUUUACUUUAUCGCGGCAUUGUCCAGACAUUGGCCAACUUGCAGGGAGAAUAUAACGUAUAUUUUAUUGACUAUGGCAACGAUGAAUUGGUAACGUCUGCCGAAAUGCUGCCAUAUGCACCAUUUCCGCAACUUAAAGCGAUGUGUUGGUUGGUCGAUAUUCAUGGAGCGGAUACCAAGUCAAAGAAGUACUCCAUUGUCGAGAUGGACACUGUGCAUAAACAGAUCGUCAUGAAAUUGUGCAGUGUGCGGGUAGUCGAGAUGAAGGGUCCCAAUGGAAUACCAUCGUGUCAAAUUAAAGUCGAUAACCUUGACAUUGGCGAGAUGAUUUCUAAAAUGGGUGCAUCGAUACCGCAGGAGAAUAAACUAUUGGAGAGUUUCAAAAUGUUUGAUGAGUUGUUAAAUUUCGGUGAACCUGUUAAGGAGUUGCAACAUGACGACAAUUCAACCAUAAAGCCACCACCGCGAAAAAAGGCAUUCGUUGAAGAAGUCAAUCAUUUUGACAGCGAUUCGGAGGACAUUGACUGUGAGCAAGCGGCUCUAGAGAUGUCCAUGCAAGAAAAAAGCUUUGGCGUCUAUAGCAACAGGAAGAUCCACAAAAAGGAUGAAAAUUUGCUUGAGGAUUAUGGAGAUAAUGAAACUGGGAGUGAGGAGUGUGAUGUUUCGAUUCGCCUUCUAAACAGCCAUGGAAAUGAAGACCAUGUUGGCAAUCUACCUACCGGACUUGAUAUCUCUCGGCCUUUCAAUAACAAUGAGUUAGAUGUUUUGGAACCUCACUCGAGCGCUGUCCUAAAACAAUUGCGUCGUCGCAUUGAAUUGCGUAGAAAGGAUAUGAUGAACAAAGUUGAUUUCUUUCCCAUGGACACGUCUACGGUGUUCUCUUAUGAUGCAGAGAUCUGUUUUCAGCCACAAAGUUUACCCAUUGGAGUCAAUCAGUUUUUGUGCACCGUAGAUAGCGUUCUCUCAGCAACUGAGCUCCAGAUCUCACCAUGUCUUACUGAAUUCACCAAAUUUGACAUUAGUCUGUUUCAAGAGACCAACGCAGUAAUCGAAAAGGCUGCUUCACUUCAUCCAGAAGUCAAUACCCUUUGUCUGGCACAGUACUCCAAGGAUGAGCAAUGGUAUCGUGCAACCAUUACGGAGCUGCACGCAGCCACCCAACGUGCUACGGUAUUAUAUAUUGAUUUCCAUGACACUGAAAUGGUGCCCUAUGAGAAUCUUAAAGUAAUGCCCAAACAGUUGUUCACCUUCCCGUUGCGCUCGUUCCGCGUAAAGCUACACAAAGUUAAGCUGAAUAAGAGUUUUGCAGACAAGACUGUGCGUCAGGCAUUACAAGCUUGUCUUUGCGCUCACACGUAUGUCUUUGCCCGUGUCUUUUAUCCCAGUACCUACCAUGAUACCAUCAGGAAGGGACAACACAGACUGAUCGAGGUGGAGCUUUAUGAAAAUAAACACAAACAUAAGGUGAUUUAUCAGCCUUUGAUCGAAAAUUGGAUGUACGUCUAACUAUUCGACUAAAUUUCUACUAUUUGAAUUUGCAUUUUAUAUUUUACUUUGCUCUUACAUAAAUGAAUAUGUAUUUCUAUUGCAGAAUUUUGUAAUUUUUAAGUUUUUUGUUUUCUUCAAUAUUAAA